AUGGACAAAUCUCUCCUCAACUCAGUAGAUCUAAAACAUGGGGACACCAAUCCACUUACCUCCACACCCAACUUUCCUUAUAAGUUAUCAAGUGUGAUUGUGAAUCUUGUUAUCCACAGGGUCACCCAACGAAGCCGGAACACAGGCAGGAGAGCAGAGGAGUCCUUGCCAAACACGAAUCCUGACACCUUCCUGCUGCCUGUCCACAUCAGUGCCCCAGGUCUGACUCAGUGCAUGCUGGGAUUUAUGUCCUGGUUGACCUGUAUAGCCUGCUUUCUGAGGACUCAUGCCUACCAAGUACUAUUCAACAAUAGCAGAUGCAAGUUGUUCUUCCAGAAGCUCAUAGAGAAGACAGGCAUUCUGAUCCUCUGUGUGUUAGGAUUCUGGAUAUUAUCUAUACACUUACCAUCAAAAAUGGAAAUCUGGCAGAAUAACAAUGCAGAUGUUCUACUGCAAAACUUGAGGAGAUGCCUGGAGACGUUGCAACAUCACACCAGAGAAAUCCAGGAUCUUCGAGGUAGAAUAAACCAGCUCACUGCCAAAUUCCAGGAGAUGAAAGCCAUGUCCAAUGAGCAAAGAAUGUCUCAGAAAAUCAUGAAGAUGAUCCAAGGGGAUUACAUCGAAAAGCCAGACUUUGCCCUGAAGUCUAUAGGGGCCUCCAUUGACUUUGACCACACAUCAGCCACUUACAAUCACAACAAGGCUCGCUUCUACUGGAACUGGAUCCGACUGUGGAACUACGCACAACCCCCCGACGUCAUCCUUGAGCCCAAUGUGACACCUGGCAACUGCUGGGCCUUCGCUGGGGACCAUGGCCAGGUGACCAUCCGACUGGCCCAGAAGGUUUAUCUGUCCAUCCUCACACUGCAGCACAUCCCCAAGACCAUCUCCCUGUCAGGCAGCCUGGACACUGCCCCCAAGGACUUUGUCAUUUAUGGAAUGAAGGGCACCCCCAGGGAGGAGGAGGUGUUCCUAGGCGCAUUCCAGUUCCAGCCAGAAAACACCAUUCAGAUGUUCCUGCUCCAGAACCAGCCCGCCCGGCCUUUUGGUGCCGUCAAGGUGAAGAUCUCAAGCAACUGGGGGAACCCACGCUUCACCUGCCUGUACCGUGUGCGUGUCCAUGGCUCUGUAGACCCUCCUGGAGAUGAGCCUAACCAGAGCCCCCUACCUCAGAGAAAUUAA